UUAUUCAGUUUUAACGCUUGAAUAGAAUAACAUCAUAACAAUUCCAAUAAAAUGAAAUUCUUAAUUGUUUUCGUUGCACUCUUCGCUGUUGCCUUGGCUGCUGAACACCAAGCCGAAAUCGUUCAUCAAGAAUCUGAUGUUGAACCUGAGGGUUUCAGAUUCCUUACCGAAACCUCCGAUGGUACCCAUCAUGAUGCCGAAGGUAAAGUAAAGGAUGUUGGAACUGAACAUGAAGCUAUUGCUGUUCACGGUUCUUAUUCCUGGGUUGAUGAGAAGACUGGCGAAAAAUUCACCGUCAACUAUGUUGCUGAUGAAAAUGGCUUCCAACCCGAAGGUGCUCAUUUGCCUCAACCUCAACAUUAAGUUGAAUUUGUUUUGUUAAAUAAAUUAAUUGAUUUAUUUUUGAAAAUAUAUUAAAUAGAAUAAUUAAA